CCUUCCAUAAACCCGGAAGUAACGUGAAGGUCUUUGGCGAUGGUCGGAGUUUGUUUCACUGUUGUGGGCCCGGUAUCGAUGUGAAAAUGGGUGUUAAAAUAGAGGUGUUUAGAAUGAUGCUAUAUCUGUCAUUUCCCGUGACCAUGUUCUGGAUCUCAAACCAGGCUGAGUAUUUUGAAGAGUACAUAGUGAAGAGAAAGAGAGAGAUCUUCCCCCCUGACGAGGGUCUGCAUAGGAAAGAGUUGGAGGACUUCAAAGAGCGAAUGCGUGUUCGUAAGGAGCAGCGAAUAUUAAAAGAGAUUUCUAUGGAGUCUGAGAAUUGAUGAGUAUGUGUUGAAAAACUGCAUAAAUUCCCAGCACAACCGAUGGCGUAUAAUCUGGCAAUUUUUUGGUGGCAAAAUAAACUGGUCGGACUGGAGUAAGAGGAUGACACAUUGGAAAUGAAUUAACACAUCCCAACGGUGUUAUGGGAGUUGAUUGAUUGUGUCUAAUAUGCAUUUUUAAUUUACAUGUGAUUAAUUUUUAUUUUUUUCAUUUUUUCAUGCCAACAUUCUGUGUGUUUUUAAUGCCUCAUGCAUCAGUUGAGUUGCUGUGAUUGCACUGUCAUAAAAUCAUUAUUUGAGUUAUAUCCCCAGUUGGAUCUUAUGUAAUCAUCCUGAUUUAUUUUGUAAGGUGCACUGUCUAUAAAAUGCAUUCACCACCCCCUUGUAUUUUCUCUAUGUUUAAUGUUUUACAACAUUGCAUCAAAGUGGAUGUAAUUAGGCAUGUUUUGAUAUUGAUAACAGAAAGAGACCUCAAUACCAAAGUGUAAAAAAAAGGUAACCAUUUGUAUUAAGUAUUCACUCCUUCGUAUCCAUAUUUAUUAGAGACACGUGACAGCAAUGUCUGCCUUAAGCCUAUGUUAUAAAGUCUGGGUAGCUUUAGCUUAAUGUUCUGGGUUGCCUUAUUGGAAACUCAAAUUUCCCUUAAGUCACAGUUCACUUACACACUGCAGCAGGUUUUCUUUUGUGAAUUAUUUGUAAUUGGCUGCAUUCAUUGUUAAUGUAAAGCAAGUGGCUGCACUAGUGAUGAUUAAGUGUUUUCAGUUGUGUGAAACUAUGACAUUAAAUAAUUGUUUUUCUGCUUGUCA